GCCGUUAUUAUACUCGCCCAAGAGAAAGAAAUGAUAGCUGCAAUUCUCAUAGUCUUGGCAGUAGCCUAUAUGCUGUGGAAGCUCUUAGCAUUCAAACAAGCUGAGAAGCAGACGUCUGAGGGAUGGAAAAAUGAUACCAAGGAUGCGGUCCUUGAUGGUUCGAGAGAUUCAGAAAUCGAGCCACUGAAUGAUCUUGAUUAUACCAAAGUGCCUCCUAUCCAGUACAGGCCAUUCCUUACAAUGCCUCAUGUUUCAAUGGGAAUCAAAAAGAUGUCUCGAAAUGAAUGGAUUCGCAUUGACCGUGGUUAUAUGAAUCGCAUCAAAGAACGGCAGAUGGUGAUGCGUGAGCAUGCUGCUGAUGCGAUUGGCACCAGCGAUAUAGUAAACCCCGCAAUUGCCGAGCUCUACGAAGCAAUUAUGAUUAAUCAUCUGCCAAAUAGGUUCCCUACGAUGUUUCGUAUUGAGGGAACCAGGUUACUCAACCUCGUCACAGGCAGAUCGCACUCAAUCAAGAUGCAAGAGCUCAGCCACGCUGAAAUGUUACAAAACUUGGGCGAGAGCGUUGAAGAGGACUUCUAUAUCAUGUGUCCCGAUGAGGAAGGUGAGAUUCGCCUUCAAGGAUACAUUGCUUGUUUUCCAGGUGGAUUCCUCAGCCGUGCAAAAGUAGGGAUGUCUAUGAGAGAGAUCCACCAGCCGGUUCCCGGAUAUGCAGAGAGAAUUGGAAAAGGGGCCGACCGUCAUUUGCAACGACUCGAACCAGGAAACUACAUUGAGCGCAUGAAUUGGAGUCUCCAAGUAGAUGGCUCAGACCUCUUCCGUCUUGAUGGCAAUAACUAUUACCCCGAACUGGGAGAGGAGAUACCAGAGGAAGAGCAACGUGUUGAUCUCUCCACAUCUUAUCUCAGGGUAGAGCACCAAACUUUGAAUCGGUUGCCAAAAUCCCUGGCAGUCAUCUUCUGUGUGCGCUCAUAUCUUACUUCUUUGGAAGAUAUCAGGAAUGAGGGAAACGGUCCGUCUCUUCUAAGUGCUAUUAAAAGUAUGCCUGAAAAGCUAGGGGACUACAAGAAGCGUCCGUUCUGGUGUAAGGCUGUGUACGAGUAUCUUGGAGCCCAGUAGAAAGGCUUUUAGCUGCGACGGAAUCGGAUAAUGCAGGGUUUCAUCUUACAUGUCCACAUUUGGUUAAAACAUCGAUGGCUAUCACAAAUUAUGCAACAUUGAGAUAUUCCGUAUUAUAAUGCCGAUAUAUCGGUAUCACGUGUAAGGCAGUGAUACCCAGCCG